AUGUUGCUACCCGCCAUGGGAACGGCGGCUGUUGCGGGGUCCGCGGCGAGCUUGCGUACAAGCUAUCCUGCACUUCAAAUUGCAUUCCUGGUUGGGAUUUGCGGAGGGUCGCCUAGCAUACAAACGGCCUUUCUGGGCGAUGUGGUUAUCAGUGACGGAGUUCUACAAUAUCGCCUCGGUCGGCAAUAUCCAGGUGGCUUCGUGAUGAAGGGCAUGAGCGAGGGAAACGUGCAUGCGCCAAAUAAAGAAAUCCGCGGUCUCAUAGCAUAUUUCAAAACCGAGGCCGGGAUAAGAGAGCUAGAAGAUGGCAGUGCGCAUCAUCUCAAGGUCUUGCAGGAUGAAUCGGUACGGAGGAACUACAAGACGAGCUAUCAGUAUCCUGGUUUCGUCGAGGACAAACUUUUCGAGUCAGCAUAUUCCCACAAACACAGGGAUCUUUCUUUAUGCAAGCUCUGCUUCAGAGACGCCGACUUAUGCGACGUGGCUACCCAACACCCAUGUUCGGAGCUUGGCUGUGAUGAAUCAAAACUCGUACCGAGGGCCCAAUUGGGAUCUGUCGAGGGACAGCGAUUAGCACAGGCCAAAGCCCGAGGCCCGGCAAUAUUCAUCGGACGCGUUGCCUCCGGGGAUACUGUCAUGAAAUCUGGAGAACACCGUGAUAAGAUAGCCAAGGAGCACAGCAUCGUUGCCUUUGAGAUGGAAGGUGCCGGUCUUUGGGAUGAAAUCCCAACUGUUGUCAUCAAAGGCAUAUGCGAUUACUCUGACAGUCACAAGAAUAAGCUUUGGCAGCCCUACGCGGCAGCAACCGCGGCUUCUGUCACAAAAGCGGUGAUACAGCGAUACAGUUUGAAUGACGAUAUUGAAACCGCACUAAUUCCACUGGGUAAGUGCCCUGAUUUUAUGUCAUGA